CUGAUACUUUAUACAUUCAAGAGUAAACAGUGGACUGCGCAAUCUGAGGCGAAUACUCAGGUAGGGGUUCCGGAAAACUUUAUUCAGACUGGUUUGUCUUUUGCUUUUAAUCUCUUUUCAAUAUUGUAUUUAGUACAUAGUGACAUAUUUGUAACAUAAUAUUAUUAACGGACAGCCGGGAACCAGAACCGAUCAGUCAAUAGCAUAAACUAAGGCUAUUUAGAUGAGUGCCAAUAUCUUGUGGAAUGUCUUAAUGAGCACAAUAAUGAUGCCGCUCGGUUUAAUUCAACAAUUUAUAGAUGAAAAGAAGCAGCUUUAACUGUUGUAAAACUAAAUUGAUUUUGAUCAUUUUUCGCUGACUCUUGAAAAGCUGUUUGUUGUUCAAUCAGUACUCUGUCGAUUAUCAUCUCUCUAUGUUAUUUUCAUUCGGGUUUUUUUCUUUGUAAGUUAUGAGAGCGGCAUAUGAACAACACGCACGGCGGUCUCUUUUCUUUGCUCUUGUGUUGAUAGGUCUCAAAAUAUUGCAUCAUUCAUUUCUGACAUCAAGGCGUUUAUGUCCACCACUAAACGAAAAUUAUCUGUCAGAAAACUUGAAAAAUGCCAGUAAACUUGGCAUGACACUUAAUGACUGUUGAUUGAUUGGCUUUAUCAGAAAACUCUGAAGAGCCUUCACCUACCCAAUGCUUUUAUGGAACUGAGGUAAUAUUAGGAUUCAGUUUUACGUUCAUAUUGGUGUAGCACAAUUUGGAAAUACAGUCGACUCCCGAUAAUUCGAACCUUCAAGGGAAAUAGAAAAAAGUUCGAGUUAUCGGGAGUUCGAGUUGUCGAGGGUAAAAUGAUAUUGAAAAUGAUCUGAAGGGGAAUGAAAAUUGCUUCGAGUUAGCGGGAGGUUCGAGUUAUAGAGGGUUCGAUUCAUCGGGAGUCGACUGUACUGAGUGAAAUCCAAUUGUUAGGGAGUGUUUUAUUUAUCAAUAUAAAUAAUCCCCGUUGUUGCAUUAGACCAACUACAAAUACGUUCAAUUAAUAGAUAUCUUCCUUUGAACUUCUUCAACAGCGCCAUAAUGAUGAUGCCAAUAUUGGUAUUGGCCAUAUCCUGCUUUGCCUGGCAAAUCCCCAGAGGUAAAUAAGACGACUAGAACUUAACAAAUGGCAUAUACUUAGUAACGUACAUGUCAGUUACCUCGGUUACCCAACGACCGACUGUUUCCAAAUACGUCAGGAGUGUCUCAAAUGGUUUUCUCUAUGAUUUUGAAGCGUGUCUGGUUACUUUGAAGCUGCCCUAAAAACUGUUUAUCUGUUCGGAUGUCCUAGGGGAACUUAAGUCGUCUCGAAAGUGUUAAGAUUAUGUCAUUUUGACUAGCCUCACUGGCUUUCUUAAAGUUAAUUAAUAUUUUUCUUUCCUUUUUAACUUCAAAUUUUUAGGAGAAAAUCGUGCCACUGGUGGAGAGGUGAUUAUAAAGCCUAUAACUAACAAUGUGCAACUACAGUUUUCUCAAUAUUCAAAAGUCAGAAUGGAAAACAUGAUUACGGAUUCCAAAAGAUAAAAUUUCUUAGGCUGCCACUUGAAAUUUGCCUUUUACCGAAGAGCUGGUUAGUUGAAAUAACAAAAUAUAUCUCCUGUAUUUAUUUUUAUUUAUUUUUGUUCUUUUUGGUGUUGUUUUUACUCAGAGUUAGUCUAAAAAAAUAUCCUUAGAGCCAUUCAGAUUUUCGAUUAUUCCGAGAAUGUUUCUAAACCUUGUAGCUGACAUCUGCUAUUGAAGAACUUUAUGCAAUUCAAUACAAAUAAUGUUUUUGAUCCCUAGAACUCAAACAAGAUUCCCGGCGCUUACUGUGACAUGGCUUCACUGAAAAGAUUAAUAUUAAUAUCUUUAAAAUUACACGUUAUCUGAUACAGUUUCAUUUUCCCUUAUAGUCUACUCUUCACAAUCAAAUGACGAGAGGGGAAAUCAAACACUAUUUUGGAGUACAGCAUUGGAUGGAUGGUAUAGUUGAAAUGAAUAAAGGACCUUUUAAUCGACUUAGGUGAAAUUUUGAGUCAUUUUCUCCCCAUGAAUUGUAAUAUUACAUAUAUCGUAACAUUUUAAUACCAUUUUUCCAAAGUUCCUGAAUACGAAGUCACGUUUCCCUUCGAGAGGGACGAAAAGGGAGGCCUGGCAUUUAAUUCUCUAAACCACCGUCGGCUGCUGAAAAGAGGGAUUGAUGAUAAAGGCAAUGGUAUUCAGUAUAAUUACCAUCUCAACGCCUUUGGGGAACAGCUGCGUCUUCAUGUUAAACGUAACACAAAGUUUAUGGCACCGGAUCUUCAAUUAGAAUCACGUGAUCAAGAUGGAAGGCGAACUACAAGACCUGUCUCUGAAAAUACCUUUUACGUGACCGGGCAGGUGGACUCGGAACCAGAUUCCUUAGUAGCUUUGAGUGUUAGGGAUGGAAUGGUAAUUGGUCAUUUGUACUUUGAAUUGAUAUUCAAGCUUAAAUGAAAUGAUUCCUACAAUGAAAUAAUGCCUUUUAAUUACACUGUGUAACAAGAUCAAUAAAAGCUAUUCAAAAACUUCUUAUGACAAGUCUGCAGAAAAACUAUUUUUGCUACACUUGAAGCUUGAGGAAACAGCCAACAUUUCACGAUGCCUCUACAGGUUUCCCUGCGAAAUGACGUCUGAUGAACGACUGCAGAACUGAUUCCACACCAUGCCACUAUCCCUAGUUCUGGGUAGUGCUUUUUAUUGAUGGCACCGCGAGGGAGAUUUGCUUUAACCAUUCAGAAGCACUAUCUACCCAGAUCUGCGCAGUGACACGUCAUCAGUAUGAAAUUUUCAAACUCCCUUCUAAGACGUUAUUUCGCAAGAAACCUGCAGCAGUGGCGUCGCGAAAAGUCGGCUGUUUUCUCAUGUUUUUUCAAUACAAAUUAUUCAGUUCUUUUUUUGUUUUUGAGCACUCAAACAAACAAAAACACCGGAAAGUGAUUUUUUUGUGGCUGUGCCUUGUAAACCGCAUAAUCAAUGUUGUAUCGUGUGACGAUUCAGUAAACGAUUGUAUUUGAUUUGCUAUGACAGACUGGUUUCAUUAAACGAUCACGUGACGCCAUGGUCGUCCAUCCUCUUCCCGAACACUUGGCUUUACAAUUUCGAAACGAAAGCGAAGGAAUACCGCAUGUGGUGUAUAAGAGACCUCUGCAGGAAGACUUUGAAUGUCACACAAGUGAGUAAUUAUAAUUGAAAAUGGUUUGAACUAUUUGUAAUAAGUGGGUGGAAUAACAAGGGGAAUUCAUGAUCGCCGCUUUGGUGGGCCGCGCAGUCCUGAAUAGGCGAAUCUCUGCUGACGUCAUUGUUUACAUUUUUCCUCAUUAGCAUACGACUGAACUCAUAGAAGCCGUGGGCAUAAAUACGAACUAAAUUCAAAAGUUGAAAGGGCCGAUUAAUUAAGUUGAGAAAUUUGUGCAAUUUUCAGCUCUUUGCAAGCAAUAUUGAAGGAAAUAUCAGCAAUUGCUGGGUGGCAAAAAAGUUAGAGCCAUAAAUUGUCUGUAAAAUUUCGAGUUUUUAGAAGAGAAUUUCUCUGAAACCAUUCGGUGUAUUGGGCUCAAAUUUUCAGAGAUAACUGAAACUAUUAUGCCCUUUCAAUAUUCAGAGUUUAUAUUUCAUUAGCGUCAUCAGUUAGUGAUAAGCAUAUGUUAAUGAGGCAAAAAGUGUAAACUAAGAUUCGCCUAUAGGACUGCUGUUGAUAAUAACUGUUAACUAGAGAUCUAUUCAUACUCAAGAUACUUAUUAGUGAAUAGUGCUUAAAUUUGUUAGAGGAAAUACAUUUUUCGAGCAUUCUGAGAUAUUAAGUGAUCUCAAGGAACUGUAAGUAGAAUGAAGGAAAACAAUACACUUAGUCUAGAGACGUUCCUUAAGAUUAAUCGCUCUUGAUUUUAAUCCACCCUUAGAGAUGAACAAGUUUUCAAAAAGAGGCCUAAAUCAGCAGCUAGAAGACGCGAAUAGUAAUGAAGGCCUACUGAUCGACAAGUACCUGGAGGUAGCAUUACUGGCAGACGAACAUGUUGUUUCAGCUCACGGGAAUAAAACUGAGGAAUUUCUUCUGCUUUUAGGCAGCAUUGUAAGGCUAAAACCAUAUGUACAUACUAUACGUUCAUUUUUCAUUUUAUCCUAAAAGAUUUCCCACCACUUUUCUACCUGAUGAUUACGAUGUAAAGUCAAACCCCGCUUUACGGACACCUGCUUAAUACGGACACUUCAUUAUUACGGACAAUUUGAUUUGUCCCUGGAGAAAGAAAGACCGGCUUACAUUUUCUCUAAAUUGAACCCUCUUGAUACAGACACCGAUUUUUAAAAUACGGACACUCUCUAUGCUCCCCUCCGGGUUUGACUGUAUUAGAAGUAUUAAAGGCGCCUUCUUCUGUACGAUUUAGAAGAAUCACGGCACGCGUAGGGUGAUAAUAUUCUUGGCUGAUACAUGAGCUUAUCUUCUUUCCCUAGUUUAAAUUGUUAAGCUGAAUACAGAUAUGUGGAUGGCGCACUCUUUUAGGAAGUUUUCUUUCAAGGAUUGGAGAAAUUCGAUUUAAAGUGCGGAAACUUUAUUGGAAAAGUAAAUUUGGCAUCGUCAGUGUCACUGAAGAGAAACGUUUGUUGGUCACGGAAGAAAUGAUCACAAAUUGAAUCUUCGCACUCACCACCCAACAUAUCGUAUUUCUUCGAAUAAGCGCCCCACCUUGAAUUAGCGCCCACCUAGAAUAAGUGCACAUCCUAAAGGCAGAAAGAGUUAAUAAGCGCCCAGCCUCGAAUAAGCUCCCACACCCAACCCCACCCACUUGGGUGACAAUGAGAUGGAAAUUGAAUAAGUACUAAUUUAAAAAGAAGACGGAGUUUUCUUCAGCGUAGGGGUAGUUUACAGAAACCUUGCUUUGUUACAUCUUCGCGUUUCGUUAUUACCAUUUAUUGUUUUGUUGCAAAAUAAACACACUUCACUUGCUAAAAAUGGUGAAAAUUUAAUAAGCGCCCAGCCUCGAAUAAGGGCCCACUCUCAAGGUCCAAAAAUUUAAUAAGCGCCCAGGACGGUUAAUCGAAUAAAUACGGAAAUUACCCCAGGGGUAUGAAAUUUAUGUCCUAUCUUAUUCUUAUUUUAUUUUCGCCUGUGAAAUGUUUCCUGAAAGGCUAUUACUAAGUCAGUUACUCUGUUUUGAAAUUUCAGGUGAAUUCAAUUUUCAAUGGUGUAACUGUUGGAAACAUCAAAAUCAAUUAUGUAAUCACGCGUCUUGUCCUUAUCACAAAUGAAGAGGUAUUACUGUAAUAUUCAUCCUCUGCUUUCUUUUCCACGAAAGGUUAAAUUCAUUUAGAGUCACUGAUACGAGAAGGAUGUCACUUGAAGCUGUACAAUAUUGUUUUUUCUUUUGAAUCCACAAGUUUUGAUGCCACCGAGUUUUAAUGUCAUCCACAAGUUUUAAUGUCAGCCAUACAAAAUUUGGCUGUAAGAGCAUGAAACAGCUGAGAACUGAUUAUUUGAAUUAAUUAAAUUUCCAGUGAAUAGUUUGAUUAACCCUUUCAGUACCAGAGUGAAUGGUAGAGUCUUCUAAGGUUCUUCUAACUUUUGAAUCUGUGGUCAAAUUCCUGCGUUGUGUUGAACAUUUAAAGAAAACCUCUUUUGCAAGAAUGUCACAUUAAGCCAGUACUAUUUGUUUUUCAUCAUUUUACAAAAUGAAAUAAAGAGAUUUUGUUAAAUUUUGACUUAGGCCAGGGUUCCUGAUCAGGCCACUCUUGGAAGUGAAGGGGUAAAUUGUCGCCGUGUUUCAGUCCUAUAGCCAUGGCAAUACAUUUUUUAGUUAACUUUGAUGUUUUUAAACACCCAAAAAAUUGCUUACGAUCAAUCGAUCAGUGCUUAUAGUAAUUUUGGCUUUACCUCCCUGAUUUUCAGCUUGGAGUUGAUCCUUCAAAUUCAGGUGUAAGUCAGGUGACUGUGAUCCAAAAACUGGAAGCCUGGGCUCGUGAUAACAACAGAAAUAACGCAUCUGAUCCACUUCAGUUCGAUGUUGCUUCUCUUGUUCGCAGGUAACCUGACUCAUCAUUAUUACCAACUGAUAAUGUUUUAUACCGAGAAAGUGAAUGUCUUUUACCACGUCACACUAGUCAAUUUAGUGUACCCAGCUAAAAAAAAAAAAUUUUCACAAGAACGAAACCUAUUUCCCAAAAUAAAUGGAUAGGCCAUUUCCGAGUUUUCCCGGCCCAGGCCUCUUUACCAAACGAGGUUAAGUGCUCAGCCUUUGAUAUGAAAUAUGAAAUGAUUUUUCAUUCUCAUCCAAAUAAAACGAAAGGUUGCGCACUUUGCCUUAUUUUGAAACUGAGGGUUUUUGGAACUUGGAAGUGGCCUAUUUCAUUUACGAAACAAUCUAGUUUACUUAAUGACAGAUGACACAAUUAUUAAAAGGGUAAAAUAAUGCUUAAAGUACCGAUUUUCUUUUUUUUUUUUUAACACCUACCCAAUUGGGCGCACGAUGAGGGCGUCGGCUUCCACGUAGGCUUACACCUAAGAAAAUAUGCGUCAAAAUACGUUAUUUAAAAAUAUUUGUAACAAAAUAAUAAUUUGUUAUAUCCAUUGAUUCUGAUUACUCUUACUGUUUGUAUUUUAUCCUCAAAGCGCUGGAAUUGGAGGUAAGGAAUAUGACUUUUAUACCUCUUCUUUCUUCUUAGUGGGUGAUCAAAACGAGUCGCAAUUUCUUUUCUUCCUUUAUUCUCUUAGAAUAAUAAUGGGAUAAAUCCAUAUUUUUUCAAUUACUGCUUGUAACACUAUAUGUAGUCAAAUAUGUUCAGCAACGGCUUUUAUAUCGUGAAAGUCAAAGGGCCCAAAUCUUGAGAUUAUCUAUGUCGUAAUAUCAUAGUUUAUCAUUCAUUCAAAAUAUUACUCCGUUUCUGACUGGCUUACUGACACUGUAUCCGCCGGUUAAUUCUUCAUAACGAGCUAGUGUUGACCAAAUUAUGAAGACGUUAUCGAUCUUUGUUAAAAUGACGUCAAUAGUGCAGGCUGUUGCCAUAAUGUCGCUAAAAAGAGGUAAAGCAACCGACAAGCCCUGAACACGAGGUUUUUUUAGCUCAAUUGUUUUCGCAGAGCUUUUUAUAAAAGCAAUAUAGCAAACUUUUUGGUGGUUUACUGGCGUUAUAUAGUAAGCCCACUUUGUAUAUUUGGGUCGCUAGAAAAGUGUUUGAUAUAGCUUUUGCAAUUUUCUAAACGUUUCUGUUUUGGAUCUUUAGGAGUGGCGGUGGUGUACAAUUCAGUUUGCCGUCACAAUGACCUGGUUAAUGUAAACAGCGAUAACGGACUGCAAACUGCUUAUAAGAUUGCACAUGAGACUGCUCACAAGUAAGUAAUGGCUUCUGUGGCUUGGAUGCUGCUUUGGCAUCGAGCUCCGUUUUGUAGACUUCUCAAUUCAGAGGAACAAGGUCACUCCUAUUGUCCAGGAAAUAAAAUCUAUCUAUUGGUUAAAAUCAACUUAUAAUCAUUUUCUUGAUGAAAAACUGUGCAUGGACCUGUAAAAAGUACUGACCAACGUUAUAAAGGUCUAAUUCUGUUAUGAUGUUAUUUUAUUUAUUUUCACAGUCUUGGCGUUGAUCAUGAUGGAAAUGCCGAUUGUCCAAAUUAUGUCAACAUCAUGUCGUCGACGCUUAUAGCGGGCCCUGGGGCCUUGAAGUGGUCUUCUUGCAGCAGGGCUGCCAUUCAAACUUUCCUCUCGUAUGUGAAUACAUUUUGUCAUCUAUGAAAAAACCUGAAAGAAUGUUAAAAGUGUCCAUAGUUUUGUUAGAAUAUUGACUUUGCAAACCAGCUGGUUGUAACUUUUUGGGGUAUGCGAAAUUUUAGUCCAGAGUCCUUCUCUUUCAAGUUUAAACUGUACUCUACUAAAACUUCAAAACGUGGUGAUGUAUUUCGAGACUUUUUAUUGAGAAGUUUUCACAGUUUUUCGGCCGCGGCAACUAAAGGAGAGACUGCCGAGCCUUAGGAUAUCGUUUUCGUAAUCAAUUUAAACGUUUGCAACAAGAAGAAAUUUUAAUUUCUUGACACUCAACUUUUAAUAGUUGCAUAAUUUCCCACCCGUAAGUAGCUAAGGAAAUUACAUAGUUCGAGAAUAGAAGAAUGGACUAGACAAAAAUGGCGACAAUAAUUUGUAACACAUUGAAGAUGUGGACUUGUCAUGUCAACAAAUAAACAAAUCAGUUUUCUUACCCAUUAGUUCAUCCAACCACUUUUUCAGUGAAUGCCAUUUUGUGUAAAAAAAAGGUUAACCAGUAACGCAGUUAAUUUGGUAAGUUUAGUUAUUACUUCUUUUUUUCGCACAAAGGAGCGAUGAUUCUUUUUGCCUGGAUGAUGUUCCUUCAUCUACUCGUCCUAUUCCACCAGAAUCCUACUACACAAGGCUGCCAGGGGAACUAGUUGACGCAGAUACACAAUGCGAAUACGAUUAUGGUACUGGGUAUAGAAGAUGUCCACAUAUAAAUCUCGAGGUAAACAAGAGUCGACUAUAUGUUUUAAACACGUAACAAGCAAUUACAAGAGAGUAUUAGAAUGAAAUUAAUGCGUAACUCCCAAUGACAUGUGAACGUUAGAUAUUGAGUUCUAUCCACCGAGCCACCGAGAGGAGAGACUCAUGAAAAGCAAGGCCGUAUACUACGCCUAGUAUAGUCCAGCAUAUUCUGCUGGAAUAUUGAAAUUAACUUUUCAUUACUGCUAAAUUUCCAGGAUUCAUGCGAGGCCCUGCAUUGUACUCGAGAUGGCUACAAAUGUUUGUCCUCCUUUAUAUUGCCCCUUGAAGGAACGCCUUGUGGAAUGCGCAAGGUAAGUUAAAUCCCUAGCCUUCCGAAAGAGUGCAUUAACACAUAUUUGGAAUAUAACUGAUUUUUCCUCUUUUUAAGUGGUGCAUCAAAGGUGCCUGUGUAGAUAAUGGCACACCGAAGACCGACGGAGGCUGGACCGAGUGGUCUGACUAUACCACGUGCUCUCCUUCUUGUGAAGGAGGCGUGCGAUACAGAGAAAGAACAUGCACUAACCCAGCGUAAGUGAAGCGGAUAGAAGAGGCCUAAACGCAAUGGGACUUCUUUCACGUUUUUUUUUUUUUAGGAGAAGGUUUCAGUACUGAGAGUUGUUGAAAGCAUUGCUUCUACUGACAAACGAUCCAUUUAGCCUUGCUUUGAAAUUAUAAGGAGACUAAACAUAAGAAUUUUCCACGGGCGGAUUUAAGGGUUGGUCCAGUGUUGCCUGCGUGCAGAGGUCUCCUGUCCCUUUUCCGCGUGCAACGAAGGAAAUAGGAGACGUCUGCACGCAGGCAAGUCCAGAGGAUCGCAAUUCUUCUUUUUUUGGGCAAUUUCGAAAUAUUUUUAAAGAAUUCUCAAUAAAAUAAAUGGUAUAUAAUUGGCAAGUGUCCAAGCCGCCCCUUUCUGAAUAUUCUGGAUGCACCUCUGUUUUUUCUAAAAGAUCAGGAAAAAAAUACAAUAAUUAAUCAUAACUUUAGGCAAAACACUGAAGUGAGAAACAAAGAAAAAAAACAAAAAAAUACAAAUGGAACAAAAACGUCCUACCAUGACGAUUUUUUAAAAGUUUUUAUUAAACUUUUUUUUUAUCAGUCCUCAGAAUGGAGGUCAAAACUGUGCUGGGCCAUCGAAAGCUCAUUGGGAAAUAUGCAAUAGUUAUGUGAGUAAAUGGUAGUGAGGUAAUGUGAGAAGGGGUCUCCAAACUAUCUAAUAAUUUAUGCCGUUGCUGUUUAAUCAUGAGUUAGGAUAGUUGUUACUUGACAGCUGUCUCACCAGGCAUUCUGCCAGUCGUACUCACGGGUUAAUUUAGGGAGAAGAUUAUUUCUGGCCGCAUCGUUGAAAGGAACUUAAUGGUCGAAAUAACGAAUAUAUUUCGUUAUAUUUUUAAGUUAUAGAAUUCUGGAGCCUCUCUUUUUCGUUUUCAGGUUGCUUGUCCACCCACUCAAUCAACAUAUCGCAACAUCCAAUGUCAGGAAAUUGAUUCAACCUUAACCUUCUAUCACAUAUCAAGUAUGAAAUAAAAUAGUUAAAACUAGAUUAAGGUCAAGAAGCGUUCCGCUGGUGCGCAAAACUAUUUUUCCACAAACAUGUUAUUGUCUAAAAGCUUAAUUCAUUCAGUUGUGCUCUCGAUCCAAAAUCUACCUGGUUGUUAAAGAACAGUAUUGAUAUUCUCUUAAAAACGUAUAUUUUUCGUGAGAGCUCUUUCUUUUAGUGGUAAAAAGCAUCGAGACAUUUAUAACAACAACAAUGUAUUUCUUUAAAGAAAUAUAAAGUUACAAAACUUUAUGUCCUGUAAAUAGCUAUAAUGCUAAUCUAGGCAGGACAAGACUUUAAAUAAAGAAGUUAUUAAAUUACGUAAGAAAAAAGAAAAGAAAAGAAAUACAAUGACAUACAGAAAGAAACACCUUACAUAUAAAUUCAAGUACAGGGGAUUUUGUUAUUUUUACAAAAGAAUAAAUUACAACUGGAGGUAUAUACCACAUAUCAGGUUAACUUCAUAAAAUAUUCUUUUAAAUGCAGAAUGCGUUUUUAAGAACUUUAAUUAUUAUUGUUAUUAUUAUUAAUUCCAACAAGGUAGUGUACGCGCACUUGUAAAGGUUAUAGCUACUUUAUAAGUUGAAUCCUGAUUAAUUCGAAUUUGAUGUGGUGUGUGUUUGUGACUCGGUAGGGGUCCCUCGGUAGGCUUUUGUGAAACGUUCCCACAAAAACUUGAUCUGAAAGCCAGGAGAUGGGUUGUUCGAUAGGAUUUGUAAACUCGAAAGUAAGUAACUCCGCUGAGAAUGAAAUUCCGCUAAACCUUAGGGCGCUUUGCAUGUGAUUAAAAGAAUCCCAGAGAACCUCAGAAUGUGAAAGUAUGAAAUUCAAGUGAAAUUGCGACUGAAUAUUAAACCUAUUGUGCGAAAUUAAAUUGAUUUUCAUAUGCGUGUAUCUUUGUAUUUCAGGCGUCAGUGCAUGCACACUUACCUGCCGAUCAGGAAAUUCAGUUCGCACUUAUGGUAACGUGGCUGACGGGACUCGAUGUGAUCACCAAAACCCUUUUGUGUAUGAUGUCUGCAUAAAUGGACAAUGCCAGGUACUAUUAAACUCACGUCUAAACCUGUUGUACCCGAUAGCUAGUUUUGACACCAGGUUUUGACCCCAAGUAACAUCGAUCUUUGGGGAUAUACUCGCAAUUGCGCUGUAUUGUAAAGCAGUUUUUUUCUUUGAGUGUGUGUGUUUUAUUUCUUAGAAUUGGAAAGUGUUUACAUUAACCUGGUGCACAUUAGGUGUAGCCACUUUGGGAAACUUAGGUCGGAGAGCAGAUUGGUGCAUUGCUUUAAUCCGCACGAUAUCGAUCGAAUGAAGAACUCAUACUGUUAAUAAAUUUAAAUCAUUUUGCGUUCUUCUUCUACAGUCCGUGGGCUGUGAUCACGUCAUGAGUUCGGGAAAGGUCAAAGAUCGAUGUGGAGUUUGUGGUGGCGAUGGAGAUUCCUGUACCUUGGUGAAGUCCACCUAUACCGAGAACUACAUCCAAUAUGGUAACAUUUAAGUUUGUCCUUAUGGAAAAUAACGUAACGUAGAUGAACAACAAUAUGAGAAAUGAUCUUGUAGUGUAUGUUGGGAUAGAAAUAAACAUGUUCUUAUGAAAAGGUUACUCAGACACUUUUUCAGCUUUGUAUUUGGGUUGAGCUCUGCGGAAUCUUGAGUUGUCUUCACAGGAAAAAAGCGAUCGUUUCAAUUCAUUUUCCAUUUACCAUUCAUCGAUAUUUCAGCUUAUAGCCCUGUUGAUACCAUUGUUGAACUACCCGUGCACUCUGCUAAUGCCGUUUUCGAAGAGAGAAGCAAGACCUAUAAUUUAAUUGGUAAGUAGGAAAGGCCAUUAACAAACAAAACAGAUACCGUCGACGUUUUGGCAGUUUUGAGUGAAACAAGAACUGCAAAAACGUUAAACAAAACGAGAGACCUCAGACUAGUGUCUAAUACUUGAAGGGAUAUCUUACAAGUCGGUCAGUUUUGAGUGUUGGUAAGCACCUUUAUUCUUAAUCCCAUUAAAUAAGAUCUCCUACAUUUUUUUAUUCAAAGACAAAAAGACGGAUUAAACACACUUACGUUUUUUAUAUUCGAAGCCAAAUUGAACGGUUAGAAUGUCUAUUAAAAUACCAUGAACUGGCAAUAAGAACUCAGACUGACACGAAGGUCAGAUGGUUUGCUGAAACUCAAGUCAAUAGAAUAGUUAACGCUUUUAAGCGAAGUAGCCUCACUUGAGCGCGCUAUUAUAUGAAUCAGGGUAACUCUGACGCCUCUAACACUGACGGUGAUAGUUGUCAGCGACUUAAAAGGCCAUAUUUUAAAUGACUUCGUGAGGAUCAACUAUUCUAUUUCCUUAUCAAAAAUACCCCUUUUAGUAAUAAGCACAAUAUAAGUUAACCAAGGAUUAAUGCAAAAAUACAAACAAACAAAAAAAUUACAAAUGCAAAUCACACACAGUGUCUUUCACAGUUUCUCUGUUUUUUCCGCUCAGGUGUUCAAGAUGAAGAGGGGAAUGACUUGAUUCCUAUUCCUUCUUGGUGGGGCAAAGUUGUAUACAAAGCUGGUACAAAAAUAACCUACAUUAAUGACGCUAAGUUUCCUGACCGCUUGGAAAUUGAAGGUCCAACAAAUAUGCCUCUUAGAAUAGUUGUAAGUAUUGAUUAGAACUGAAUGUAGUCUUCAGCUCUCUCCAAUCCUAUGAUGAGGUCAAGAAGAACAUGAAAAAAGAAAUCUAAUAAUACUGAAUUAAUGUAGCUACCGUAUUUAUUCGAAUAAGCGCCCAACCUCGAAUUAGCGCCCACCUCGAAUAAGCGCCCAUCCUAAAGACAGAAACAGUUAAUAAGCGCCCACCCCAACCCCACCCUCUUUCACCUCCCAACCGAAAAAAAAUUGAGUAGGUACUAAUAAGACACUUCCCCGGAGAAGGAGUUUUCUUCAGACUAUUUUACAGAAACCUUGCUUUGUUACAUGUUCGAGUUUUGUUAUUACCAUUUAUUAUUUUGUUCCAAAAUAAACAUGCUACACUUUUUGAAAUUGUGAAAAUUGAAUAAGCGCCCACUCUCGAGGUCCAUAAAUUUAAUAAGCGCCCAGGGCGGUUAAUCGAAUAAAUACAGUAUGUUAAAAUGCUGAAUACAUAAGGUUAAACCCCCAAGAUUUCGUGCGAUAAGUCAAACGUUUAAAACACAUUACAUGUCUCAACUGUUGUCUCUAGGAAUAAAAGUAUAAAAGUAGCUUGUUUACUUGUAAGAUUUCUUGAAUUGUUGACCAUGACUUUCGAUGUUUACUGACUGCAAUGGUACCAUUUUCUUGUGUUUCUAUAUGUUUUGAUAGUGCUUUCCUUUUGUCAUCUUCUUUUGACAAUUCGUUCUACUCCUAACUUACACUGAUUGAUAUUUUUUAUUUUUCGUAUAGUUUGCUCAUUUGUCAGAAGCAAACGUGGGAAUCGACUAUCAGUAUUUGAGGCCUCUUGGGGAGAACGAAUCCCCUGAGUCAGCAACCUGUUCCUGGGUCACAUCAAAUUGGACAGAUUGCACAACAGGUGGUUAUUUUUACAAUGAUCUUUACUCUAGUUAUCUUUAGUUUAGUUAGCUCGUUUCGUUAAGACUCGCCAACUUACAAGGAACUAUAACAGCUGUAGCAAUUUAUCUAUUCUGGAUAUAAUCUUGGGCUGGCCUCUUUCGAUAACUAGCCAUUUAUAUUUUGGCUGAACUAACUUUGUCAUCUCAUCGCUUAACAGGACAGCAGACCCGCGAGGUACUUUGCGUCAGAUCGGACAAUGACACCGGUCAGACAGCUGCUAGUGUUAACUGCUGUGGAGAAGAGUCCAAACCAAACUCUGUGAAUCUCUGUUACAGGUAAGAAGGUGGAAAGAUAAACUUUAGUGGUAACUCAAACUCUAUAAAGAAAAGAGUACAAAUUUAACUCGGAAGAAUAGAGUAUUGAGCUGAGAGAAAAUAUUUAUCUAGCACACAUCGUACUGGAAUAUUUCUGCCACAAGUGUUGAAAAAGUUUCAGAUUUCUUUAUUUCAUAUCUUUCAAUGUUUGUUUGUUAGUAGGCAAAGCCAGAAUCACCUCUGUCCGAAAAUAGUUUAAUUUAACUAAUUUUCUCCAAAUUUUCAAUUAAACGUGAAUUUUGACCUUUCAUUUUCUUCAAUCCAUCAUCCAACGUUUAGUGGAUAUUAUCGAGUUUUUUUUGCUUCUCAUAACCUUCCCAGUAAUAUGUAUUUUACUUUGGAAAUUAGCUGGCAUACAGACGAUUGGCAAGCUUGUACUAAAACAUGUGGAAAAGGUACCCAGUCACGAUCUGUUGUUUGCCGCGCAAAGCUAAACGACACUCAUUACGACAUAGACGAGUCAGAAUUCCUAUGUAACAUAACAUUAAAGCCAAUGACAUUCAGAUCAAGCUGCAAUGAUGUGAACUGUCCUGCUACGUGGAAAACCUACUGGCCUGAGGUAUGGAAUACGUAGUACAACGCAGAAUUCAAUAGCUUCACCAGAGCAGCGAUAAUCUGAUGAGUGUCAGCCCGAAAUUAACAGUCCUUUUCCCACACAACUCUAAUCGAACAGAAAUUCCCCCUACUCUUUUUGAUUAGCAGUAUGGCUCAUCUCCGAAAAUCCUUUGAUAGGCCUCUUCUAAUAACUCUUUCGGUUUGUGAUGUUACUCUUGUGUGGCUUUAAAGAAUCACUCGGGAAGAAAGUAACAAUCUUUUGCAGUGACUGCGCGUCCCAACCUUAGGUCAUGGGACUGUUUAAAAUAGUAGGGUAAAUCGUAUGAGGACACAACAAGUUCCGUUCAUUUCUAACCCCAAUGGGAUCUGUAACCAGUAACUAGUUAUGCAGAAACACUUAUGCUUGAAUGUAUUUGUGGAUGACUUUAAAUUGUGCAUUUUUUAUUCCUUAGUGUUCAAAGCUUUGCCUUACCGGAAACCGAACCAGGGAGGUUAAAUGCUCAAGAAUAAACGAACUGGGACAAGAUGAAGAUGUUUCAGACAUACAAUGUGAAUACGAAUCCCCACCUCCUGCUAUAACGGAGUCAUGCAAUAGUGACAACCCCUGUAAAGGUAUAAACCCUCCUUACUAUACAGUACAAAGAAAAAUUAAGCCACCACAAUGAAGAAUGACUACGCGUCAUUUUAACGUACGCACAAUUACUCUGGCUUCCACCUGCUGAAUUUUCUUAGUGUAGGAAAGAUGUAGGGUAAUUUAUACAAAACGUACUAAAUACCUAAUGUUUAACAAAUGGGGAGGACUUGCCACUACCCUAUAGCCAAAUUUGAUCUUCAUCCAAACUUAUGUGGUACACAGUAAAUAGACUGAAGAGGUUGCAUUCAGUCAAUCCCUUUCUCUCUCCAUUGGCAAGAUUUCAGCACUGAAUCCAACUUUUCAGAUUUGCGAUAAAACUAUUACCUCUCUAUUUUACCCCAACAGAGUACGAGAUCGGGUGUUUCAAGACACCUCAAGACCUGUUCUCAGAAACACUUGGUGAUUUCACCCAAGAAGCUGAUGCAAGCAAAACGUUAAUGGAGUGCAAGGAGCUUACAAAACAAAGUGGUUACAAUGUGUUUGCUCUUGGACAUGGUGGCCUGUGCAUGUCAGGACCAAAUGCACAGGAUACCUACUACCGAUACAAGCCUGCUUCCAAAAAAAACAAGUGUUCAAAUGGAAUUGGAAUUGGAGACCACAGUGUCGUUUACACAUUUGGUAUUUACAAGAGCAAUAAUGGGACAGUCUCUGUCCCAUUAUGGCUCUUGAUAUUUGCUAUAAUAACAGUGCAAUUUUAGCGUUUGUUGUUAUCCUAUAGAAACUACAACCCUGAAAAACUGACAAGUGCAAAUCAGAAAACCGCCAAUGACACCAUUAUAUUCAAAACUGCCUUAGAAACACCUUGUGAUAGAACUUUCCAUUAGCCCAGUUUUCAUCCGUCGUUAUUGUGGGGAUGACUAGACAGCAUGUUGCAUAUGGCAAGGUUUUUAUGCGCACUCAAAAAAAUGGCAGGCUGAAUAAGCCCACCUCUAUGCCUCAAGCUUGACCUUUAGGUAGGGUUUUCUUUAUCUUUGGUGGAGUAACAGUAAGAAGAAAUCAUGACAUGCCUCAUAGACAUUAAAGUAUGGUUCUGGAGCAGCUAAUUUAAAUGUUUCCUGUUUCUUAAGUCUGUUAGCAUUGCACAGGUCAGGUCUCAAAUGUUAGUAUAAUUUUUACUUUUCUAUAUAUUAAUCAUGUCUUUUACUAGCACUGAGGAUAUGCCACUUUAGUUACCCUUCUAAGAAAAUAUAUUUACGCUGUAUCUUCUUGUAAUGCAUUUUCUCAUUAAUUCCUUUGUUUUAGAACCAUUACCUAAAUUUGAGGCGGUUGGUUGUUAUAAAGACUCGUCUAGCCGUGCUCUUCCCACAUUGUAUGCAAAUUUCCGACCUUUCAUUGACUGGUACAAUAUGGACGCUACCAUACGUCAAUGUGCGUUGGUAGCACGUGACAUGGGCUACAAGUACUUCGCUGUCCAAUUUUACGGAGAAUGCUGGUCUUCCUGGGACGCUUCUGAGAAUUAUGACAAAUAUGGUAACCAAACCAAAACUACAUAUUGUUGGGCCAACGUUGGAGGACCCAUGACCAACUACGUUUACCGUUUUCCUUAUGUAAGUAUAUAAAGGAGAAAAACAGGAGUGUGAAAAAAUUCGAGUGAAAUCGUUUUCUGUAGUUAUCUGCUGGAGAGAUAUGUUAUAGCAUAAAACCCCCCUGCGUUUGAAGCAGUUCGCUUCCCUCUUUGGCCUAUGUUGUGCCCAGAGGCUUGUAUGAAAACGCACGAGAUACCAGGAGCUCCCCGGCUCCCCGGAUCACUUUCACCUCUGGGCAAUAAAAUCUUCGUCCUCAAUGUUUUCAAUAGAAUAAACAAUUUUCUUCUUUCUUUCUUUUUUUUUUUACACAGGAAUAAGCGCAAGGCAGUCUCAGCCGCAAGAAAAUCUCCCAACGUUCGUUCCCACAUGUCAUUGGCAGUUCUACGAUUGAAUUCACUUUCGAAUCCUGCUAUUUAACGUAGAAAUAAUGUAAAACCUUAAGGCUUAAAGAGUUAAACAUGCCAUGAAAAAUUCUCAUUAUCACA